UUGGGCGGGGAGGGACGGGGCGGCGGAGUGCAGCAACAGAGAGCGGCGGCGGUGGUAGUAGCAGAAGAGAAGGAAGAAGAAGAGAAGAAGGAAAAAGACGAGAAGGAGCAGGAGCGGCCGCGAGGCGCCGAGCGAGUGGAACGAGCCCCGGGCCUCCCUGAACCGCGGCCGCCGCGGAGCGCCCUGCCCGCGGUCCCAACAUGGACGAAGAGGGUGGUGGAGGUGGCGGCGUGCCUGAUGACCUCUCCUUGGAAGAAAGAGAAGAGCUUUUAAAUAUUCGUCGCAGGAAAAAAGAACUGAUUGAUGAUAUUGAGAGAUUAAAAUUUGAAAUUGCUGAGGUUAUGACUGAAAUUGAUAAUCUGACUAGUGUAGAAGAAAGCAAAACUACACAAAGAAAUAAGCAAAUAGCCAUGGGAAGGAAGAAAUUCAACAUGGACCCUAAGAAGGGAAUACAGUUUCUGAUAGAAAAUGACCUCCUGCACAACACUGCAGAAGACAUUGCACAAUUCCUUUAUAAAGGAGAAGGAUUAAAUAAAACAGUAAUUGGAGAUUACCUCGGUGAAAGAGAUGAAUUUAAUAUUAAAGUUCUCCAGGCUUUUGUUGAACUCCAUGAGUUCGCUGAUCUCAAUCUUGUACAAGCCUUAAGGCAGUUUCUGUGGAGCUUCAGACUCCCAGGAGAGGCUCAAAAAAUUGACCGUAUGAUGGAAGCUUUUGCUUCACGCUAUUGCCUUUGUAACCCAGGGGUCUUCCAGUCUACAGAUACAUGUUACGUACUUUCAUUUGCCAUCAUUAUGUUGAAUACCAGCCUGCACAACCACAAUGUGCGAGAUAAACCCACAGUGGAGAGGUUUAUCUCCAUGAAUCGUGGAAUUAACGAAGGUGGAGACCUUCCAGAGGAAUUGCUAAGGAAUUUAUAUGAAAGUAUAAAGAAUGAGCCAUUUAAAAUUCCAGAGGAUGAUGGAAAUGAUCUAACGCAUACAUUUUUUAAUCCAGAUAGAGAAGGUUGGCUGCUGAAAUUAGGGGGAAGAGUAAAAACAUGGAAACGGAGAUGGUUUAUUCUGACUGAUAAUUGCUUGUAUUACUUUGAAUACACAACAGACAAAGAACCUAGAGGAAUUAUUCCAUUAGAAAAUCUUAGCAUAAGAGAAGUCGAAGACCCUAGAAAACCAAACUGCUUUGAGCUCUACAACCCCAGUCAUAAAGGUCAAGUAAUUAAAGCGUGUAAAACUGAAGCUGACGGUAGAGUGGUGGAAGGCAACCAUGUAGUAUAUAGAAUAUCUGCUCCCACCCCAGAAGAAAAGGAAGAGUGGAUAAAAUCUAUCAAAGCAAGUAUCAGCAGAGAUCCCUUUUAUGAUAUGCUGGCAACAAGGAAAAGAAGAAUUGCAAAUAAGAAAUAGAACACGAUCAGCAACUUGUAGACCUGCAUCACCCUAUAACUGAGCAUACUGUGGAGUGAUAGAAGAAAUUAGACAAACUAAAUGAAGACAACUGUAAAUUUUAUAUAUAUAUACAUAUAUAUAUAUACACACACACAUUUUACUAUGGCAUAAAAACUUGGCAAAACUUUUCAGGGUAAAUAGUUACUGGUAUAUAAUUUGAAGCAAGCUUCAAAUCCCAGCAAAUGAUUAUAUUUAAACUUAAUUCAACUGGACACAUGGAAGCCUUGUUUUCACUUACAUUAGUGACAAUUCCAGUUGGGUUGAGAGGGAGGGAGUUCAGGGCUAACAUUAAAAUGUCCUUCUGCCUGUUACCUGAGCACAUUUCCCAUAAAAGGAGGAGUUGAGUUUAAGUUCUCAAUGAACUGCAGCACCAGCAGUGGAGCAUGGCAUGAUCUGGCACUGCAUUUUCCUGUAAGCAGAAACCUCACAAUCCCAAUGUCAGUUUUCAGUUGUGUGUGUUUCACAGUAGCAGCUGAGUGCAGCUUUCAUUCUGAAUUCCUCUCCUACCUUGAUGGAAAUAGCUUUUCUUCAGAAACACAGUGACUAGCAGCUCAGUCAGUACCUCAUGGUGAUAAAGAGUUUGUCAGUGUGCACUGAAAUACAGGCAGGGCCCAGCAGCAGAGGUGAGAUUGUGGCCAUGACAUGAAGUGCCAGUGUGGUCUGGUGUUUUAAACACUAUGGUUUAAAGACUGGUUUAAUAUGCUUUUUAUAUAGUAAUGUCCUUCUUAUAUUUGAGAUGCUGUAAUUUGAUGAACACUAAGUUACUACUAAAGGAGAGAGAUGACAGAGCUUGUGUGGUUUUAGGCCUUGCAUAUGAAAACACCCCCAAAUAAUUUCACGUGCAUUCAGUGUUUUUCAAGGGAAAAGCCAGGUAGGUGAACUGUCUCUGUAAGAUGCAGCCCUAGAGAGUUAAGCAAGCAGGAUUCAUUCCUCUGCUUGAUAACAAACUUUGGACAAACAGAGUUCAUGCAAGUUUAUACAGGUUCUGUGGUUUUUGUGCAUUUUUAGAGGCAAUUUUUCAGAUUUGCACUAGAGCAGUUGAAAUUGAAAAGAAUUAGACAUUUUUACUAAGAAAUAAAGUAUUACACAUUGAUUACCUGGUACAGCUAGACUUCCCCACAGGCAUGUGCCUCUGUUUUUGAAACCUGUAAAGAUCUUCCUGUGAUCCUACUGAUGGGUCUUUCAGGAAUACAUCAACUGCUGCAGCAGAUUUUACUCCAGUGCUCUUCUGUUGAUAGCACACAUACUGUUCUUAAGAUAACUGUUCUUAAGGUAAAACCCCUAAUUCCACAAUGGGUGCAAAAAGUGGGAGGUUUUAACUCUACUGCUUCUGUUACUAUCAGUUUUCCCCAAACUUGUUGAACCUGAGCCAUGCCUACUGUGCCAGUGAAUGCAUUGGAGACCCAAAAUGUUAAAGCAGCUUUGCUUGUUGGUUGCAGGAGCAUCUCUGGGUCUCUUGGAGGGAGAUGUGCUGCACUGGCAAACCCACAGACUUACCAAGUUGAUCUGUUUGAAAUCUCCUUUGAACUGUAAGGGAGAGUCUGUUUCACUGUUCUGUCUUACUGAUUUGCCUUGUUUUGCAUGAGGUGUCAGCCCUUGUGAGUGUUUUGCUUUAUUGCAUGUUUGCAAAAGAGGCUGAGAGGAAAAGAACAAAGUAAACUUUCCUACAUUUUAGAUUUUCCCCAGGGUGUGUGGAAUUGCUUGGGUGAAUAUUUAAAUCUGAGUGCUUCCAAAGGAGUAAAACUCAGCCAGAGGAGGUAGAAUUUGUGAAUUAGUGUCAGAGUGGGGAUAUCUUUCCUUAAUGAAACACAUUUAAACUCUUUAUAGAAAUUAAUUAAGUUGUGUGUACUGUGUUUGCAAAGCAGCACAAUGAUGGAACUGCUGCCAGCACUUGUUUUGAGUCUUCUGUUCUGCAGUGACAUUUUGUUUUCAAGCACUGCCUACAUCAGUCUUGGCUUUGGACAAGUAGAUUUGUAAUGCAAAUAGUGACAAGCCAAAUCAGUGGUACUAGUGAGUGUAGAGGUGAAAGGCAGCAAAUACAGUAUUUCUGGAGAAAUGUGAGAUUACAAAAACAUUAAUAAGCCAUGAAGCACUUUUGUAUCAAUUCUUAUCUUCUGAAAUGCCACCUUUGAGAAAAUCUAUUUAUUUAACCAGGUGAGGAUAUCUGCUUGUAAGCAUGAAGGAAAUGCCUUGAGAGUUCAUUUGCUGUAUUUAGUUUGAAGUUCUUAUAUCCGGCAGAAAUAAUUAUUUAGAGUAACAUGUAACUGAAGAUAUUAUAGCAGGAAAUACAUUAUUUCUUAGCAUUGAAAUGCAACAUCUUAAACAGCUAUUUGUGGUGCUCAGUGUAUCUAUUUAAUUUACCAAAGCUAAUGGAAUAGCGUUUUUGUGUGUGUUAAUAUUUGAUUUCAAAUGUUCUUUGUAACAGUAUUAACAGGGAGUGAAACUGGCCCAAAAUUUCCACCGGCCAUGAGGCCAGUAAAACAAAGUGGCUUGUGAAAAUUUUGGCCAUAUCAGGUACUAUCCACGAGGGUAAAGAAAAAUCUCUCAACCUUUCCCUUUUUUAUUGGGCUUCAAGUCCAGGGGUGGCUACUGAAAGUGGCUGCUCGGUGGCCUAAAGCAGGAGCUGUUACAGUUUGACCAUGCUGAAGAAAAGUCCUCUGGGGACAACAGAUUCUCCCUUCCUAUGGCACUGAAACUUGAGUAAUUCUUGAGCUCUUUACUUUUGAGCCUGCCCUCUACAACAGCAGGGGCAGUGAGAGACGUGGUGCCAGUGCAGCUGGGAGGGAACUGUACACAAAACUUAAGCUCAGCUGGACUGACUUAAAUUUUACAAUAUUCUGACAAAAUAAGCUCUGCAUCACUUAGCAUUUUGAACCAUUUUAAACUGGUACAAAACUGAACCUUUAUAAAGUGAGCAGCAUUUAUAAUGCUUCCUAUAUAAAAAAACUGCAUAUUUUUAAGAUUUAUUACAUAUCUAUGUAGAUAUGCUCGCUGGAAAAGCUAGGUCUGUUGUAGACAAGAUACUACAAAUUAAGACUCCUGGCUUACCAGUUUCAUUUCUAUAUUUUCUUGGAAAAUGUUUCUAGCUAGAGUUUAAAUACAAAAUGUAAAUACUGUACAGGUAUGUAUUGAUAUGAGUAUUACUUGGUGUAUACAAGUGAUUUGCAUGACAAAUAUUCUGUAUCAAUCAUUGUUAUAACGGUGAUGUCCUUAUGUAAAGCCACUGCAAUAUUAAUGUUUUCAUUUAUCAUUGAGACCUGUUGCUUAAAUCUGUCAAUUUUCUCAAAAAUAAAGUGUGAAACUGUACUGUC